UCUGCGAAGAAAAGGAUAGAGAAAAUAAUAAGACAGGAGGAUUCGCCUUUCCGCUCUCCUUCUGCAAUCCGAUCUCUUCCUCGUUCCGGGCCUUGCGCGGUAGAUGCAGCAUUGCGAUCCGGAUGGGGAACAUUCCGACCGCUUUCGCCUCGGCUGCCGCCGCCGACCCAGCCAGCGGCGUCACUCGUUCUGGCAGUGCUAGCAGGAGCGGCAGGCGUCGGACGAGGAGGAAUGACGAAGAGCGAAAAGAAGCCAGUCGGAGAGGCUCCUCGCUUCGGGAGGAUCGGCUGCAUGUCAUCCCGGAUCGGAUCUUCUCGAACGACGGCAGGAGCUGCGCCGCCUCCAUCUACACGCAGCAGGGCCGCAAGGGCAUAAACCAGGACGCCAUGCUUCUGUGGGAAGACUUCGGUGGCGAAGGCGGCGUGCUCUGCGGUGUGUUCGACGGCCAUGGACCUUACGGUCACCUCGUGGCUCGCAAGGUGAGGGACGCCCUCCCCCUCAAGCUCCUCCCCUUUCUCCCUUAUCCCGGCGGUGGACGCCGCCGCCGCCGCCACGGUGUGAAGCUGACGUGUUGCGGCCUGGCGAGGAGAGACGAUCCGCCUGUGCGAGAUCCUUCAUUCUGCGUGGAAGAGCCGUCUCUCUCGGUUUGGAAGGAGACCUUUGUGCAAUCGUACAAGGCCAUGGACAGGGAGCUCCGUUCUCACUCCGCCCUCGACUGUUUUUGUAGCGGCAGCACAGCCGUGAUCUUGUUCAAGCUGAAUUCGAAUCUUUUCAUUGCAAAUAUUGGGGAUUCCCGUGCUGUCUUGGGUUGCAAAGGUGACAUCGCUGCUUCGAUGGUCGCAGUGCAGUUAACGGUUGAUCUGAAACCCGACCUUCCGAGGGAAGCUGAGCGAAUCAAGAAAUGUAAAGGGAGAGUAUUCGCACUGCAUGAUGAACCGGAAGUGCCGAGGGUGUGGCUGCCUUUCGAUGAUGCUCCUGGUCUAGCCAUGGCCAGGGCUUUUGGCGACUUCUGUUUGAAGGAUUAUGGAGUCAUCUCAGUCCCGGAAUUCUUCCAUUGGUCACUCACAGAGAAGGAUCAAUUUGUUGUACUUGCUUCUGACGGCGUCUGGGAUGUACUCAGCAAUGAAGAGGUUGUUGAAAUAGUCUCUUCAUCUCCAACUCGGUCAUCUGCUGGAAAGGUCCUUGUUGAAGCUGCCACUCGAGAAUGGAAGCUCAAAUAUCCAACUUCAAAAAUGGACGACUGUGCAGUGGUUUGCCUGUAUUUGGACGGCAAGAAGGACAUUCUUGUGGCGGAGUCACUUGACAACAGCUCGACAUCAUUUGUUUAUCCUGGCAACGAGGAUCCCAGAGUCGAAACCGAUGAAGCGCAAGGUCCCGAACCCACAUUAGACCGGAACUUCACCGUCAGAAACACCAGGAUAGCAGCUGCUCUGGAAGAACAAGGAACAGAAUGUGUUACGGAGGAUGAGAACUGGUCGGGCCUGCAAGGCGUGACUCGAGUUAACUCAAUUGUUCAGCUUCCAAGAUUUACAGAUGAUAAAAAUGAACAGUGAAGCCUGUUGCCGAAGCACUUAGGAAUUAGGAAUUGUAGUUCUGUUUUUUGUAAUUAUAUUUUAUAAUGAGCGUGUAUCAUAACAGAUUUGCCGUUUUCCAUUGCAAUAUCAAGAGAUCGGCCGAAUUUCAAGUCAAAACGAUGAUAUUCUUGUAUUUUAAUUUUCUCCCCUCUGUGUUUUCUAAAAGGAAGAUGGCAACACGCCACGAAGAUUUGAUUUGACUGGAUUCUUAACCCACUGUGAGGAGCUAGUGCGGUCAAAAAGUCAAAGUUCCUGCCAACUCCGGAAAAGAUGGAGCAAGUGGCCUUACGGCAUGAAUUGGUCGAUCAACGUGUCAACCGGCGUGGGCUAUUCGUUAGUCAAACUUUCGGGCGACGACUUUUCCAAGGUCAAAAGUCGCUACGACGGCGUUCCAGCACGGCUUCUCACUACAGUGGACGCGUGGCUCCCUUUGUGAUAUAUACGCAAAGGAUUCACUACGGCCUAGGCAAGAAACCAGGCAUCGCGAUCGUCUGCGGCUGACAUGGAGAUCAGCUGCUCCGGCGAGGGCGGCGACCCACCACCCGCCCCAGGCUGCUUGCGACCGGCAAAGCCGCCGAGGGCAAUAGGGCGAGCGGGUGCUCCGCCGUCCAGGCCUCCUCGACGGCCGCAUACAGGACCCCGCGGCCGGCGGCGGCCCUCCCUUGCUUUUGCGUCCGACGGAAAUCGGUCGGGUAACCGGGAGGUGCUCCGGCGGGCGCUCUACCCUCCUCCGACGCGCCCGAGAAGUCCUGUGCCAGGCCAGAGGAGGUGGUUCUUCCGUCCCACGCCGAGCCCGCUCUCGAAGAUGUCGUUGGAGUAGACGCGAUCGUUUCUUAAUUUGGCACGAUCGCAGCUACUUUCUCUAAUUAUGUUCUACACUAAUUCUUCGAUUAAUUAGAUCUAUUCCAAUUUCUGCAAGAAUUUGGAGUGCUCUGUUCCCAAUUGUAAAAACUGUUAUUUAUAUAGUGGAAUUGGUCACCAAACAGAGAAUUGCUUUGUUCUUUUUA